AUGAAAAGUCCUGACGCCAUGUUUAUGAACCAGAUACGGCGGACCAAGCAGAAGGUGGUGACUGACUUUGCAACAGUGAGUAAGGGUCAAUCUGCAGGAGCCAAACCCAGAGCUGCUCUGAGACAGGUCCUGUUCAGCCAGGGAGUGUCUGAGAAGAACCCGGCGUCUGAGGAGCGAGGUCAGCUGGAUGUGUUGAAGCAGGAGCUGGGGGCCUACGCUGUGCCUGUCAAUCUGAAGUGGAGGUGGAAAGAGGAAAGUCAGGGAGCCACGCUGGAGAAGAACUGGACAGAUUUAGUGCACUCUCAUUCAACAAUGUCUAAGAUGCAGAGACACCAGCAGGAGGCGCUGUGGGAGUUUGUCCACACUGAACUCACCUACAUCAACAAGCUCAUUAUCAUCAAAGACUUGGUUAUUGCAGCUCUUGUCAACCUGCACCAGCAUGGAUUUCUCCUGGAGGUGACACCUGAGCUGCUUUUCUCCAACCUUACCUCCAUCCUCACCGCACACCAGCUCUUCUGGCAGGAGGUGAUAUAUCCCAUGUUAGAGGAAGUCCGGAGGACAGGCAUGCCCUUUGACCCCAUGAUGUUAGAGGCUGGCUGCCUACAGUUCCCAGAGCGCUUCUCCUCCUAUCAGCAUUACUGCUGGGAGGAGGAAAACAACCUGGAGUUCACACGCAGGCAGAUGGAGAGUAACCCACAUUUCCUCACUUAUGUCCAGUGGGUGGAAACUCACCCUCAGUGUGAGCGGAUGCGUCUCGGGGACAUGCAGGCCAAACCCCAUCAGAGGAUCACAAAGUACCCUCUGCUGCUCAAAGCCGUGCUGAAAACCACCCAGGAUCCUCCCCUGCAGCACACACUCAGAGGCAUGUUGUCCAGUGUAAACAGUUUUCUGGAGAGCAUCAAUGACUACCUGAAGCUAAAAGAUGAGGAACUGGCUCUCACUAUCUCUGCUCAGAGGGUAGAAGGAUACGAGGUGGAGGUCAUAAAUGAAGAGAUCGACAAGCAUGUCCGAGAGAUCUGCCGGUUUGACCUAACAUGCCCAAUCAGGGGAGUCCGCCCUGAAGUCGUACGUAAGCUGCUGCUGGAGGAGAACUUAAAGAUUCGGGGAAGGAAAGACAGCAAGCUGGAGGUGGUGGCUCUACUUUUCUCAGAUGUACUUCUAAUGACCAAAGUCCAGAAGAAAGGAGAGCGACUGAAGGUAGUUCGACCUCCUCUGGCCCUGGACAGAACGUAUUGCAUAGCACUGAAAGAUGGCUGUUCAUUUGUUCUGGUGGAGGUGGGUGAGCUUCAGAGCGCUAUGAAUGUCUACAUAUUUGCAGCCAGCACUUCAGAAAGCUGCUCCACAUGGGUCUCCACCAUCCUCCAGGCAAAGGAAACACUGAGGAACCUGAGACAGACAGAGAACAACAGACAGCUGGAGAACUGGAGAACCCAGCAGCAGGAGGCCAAACCUGCCCCAGAAACCAAGACGGACGACAUGGAGACAGAAGAGCAACCUUUUUCGCAACCAAGACGAGAGACUUUUGUGGAUGAACUUACUGAGAUAUUUAUUAUCCCCCAAUCAAUAAAUGGGAUGUUAGCAUCUAAUGAAGCUGAGGAACAAUCUGCAGAUGAUGUGGCCACAAACAAUCCUGUGCCGUCUUUUUGGCACUCGCAGCCCGCUGACAGUAAACGUAGAUCAGUGAAUAAGGGCUCUGCUCGGCGGCAACAAGCAGUCAGAGACCAUGAAUGGAUAGAAUUGGGAGUGAGAAGAGAAGAAGUCAGGUUCCACACAGAAGAAGAAGAGAGAAUGGGUGGAUCUCUGAUGGCAACGGGGCAAAGGGGGAUGUGGAACCACAGGGUUCAAUCUGCUCCUAAUCUGGAGCAGAGUUUUGCAGUUGAUCCAUUAAGAUACAACACAUCUGGACCGAAUUAUUUGUUAUAUCCAGAUGUUGACUACCCAAUGGACAAAGACAGCACUAUUUAUUACCAACCAGCAGCAUCCAGGGAGAGGCCCGAGCUUUUAAGACCACCAGGAGACUCAGAUUCUCAGUUUGUGAACCAGGACGACAGGAGAAAUUCCUACAGCCAGUCUGGAGACAUGGAGACAUCUCCAGAGGUUUGGGGUUGCUCUAAAAAUUUGAGGUCACCCGGGCUGCGGAGGAGGAGGCCAGUCAAUACCCAGGGCCCCUCUACUAGACAGUUCCCGCAGGGCUCGGGACAGAUCUGGUCUGCUUCAAACAGCCACUCUUUCUCCAACCCAAACAGCAACCUGAAGAGAAACUCACAUCCUUCUAGCUCAGAUUCUCACCGGGUGCUAAAGCUGGGCUCCCUGAAGCCGAACCAAGGCAUGUUUUGGAACAUGCAGGAGAGAGUCUCUCCAGACCCCCAAACAUUGUCUGAAUCUGAGCUUCCUGAUUUUAACUACAACAGAGCAAAAACCAAAAGGAGCGCCUCCAUUCCUAACAUCAUUCCUAUCACUGAAGGAGGCCGUGGACCUCAUCUGCACUCCAGCAGUCUUUACACGUUACCCCGAGCAGAGGACGUCUCAAGACAUAGACCAAACGGACACACCUCGCCUCUGCUGGGUCUUUUGGAACGAGCCAAAGAGAGAGAUGGAUUAAAAAGGGACAGGAAAAUGACCAAUUUGAGGACAAAGUAUCCUCCUUCUUCCCCCUCGUUUUCCACCACGCCGUCACCCUCGCCGUCGGCCAGUGAUGGAGACAGAGAGACGGAGUGGGAGGAGGAGGUGGAGCUGAUGAGACACAGAGCCCUCACAGUGAGUAAAGGAUGGAAGGAGCAGCUGGUGGACGGAGAUGAAGAUGACAAGAGGAACAGUGUUGUCUUGAUGGAUGGAGUAAAUGUGGACUGGUCGGGUUGGUGCCUUUAUGAUGAUGAAGUCUUGGACCACUUACACCCCGGAGGCGACAGGUUUCUUGAGGGCUUCAGCCGAUCUUUGGCCUCCUGGGAUAUCCACGGACAUCCAGAACAAGAAGAUGGAGAGUACAGUCAGGUGUAGCUCUGACCCCUGUAGUCACUGAGUGGAUAUAAAGGUGGACUAAAAACCAACAGCCAACCACCAUGCAAACUCAAAAUUCAGUCUGUGAAUGUGAACUACAGAGGGCCACAUUAAAGGACGGAAAGGCUUUUUUUUAAAUGAAAAGCUGAUGCACACAAAAGAGGGAAAAAACCUCUUUUCAGUAGAUAAAAAAUGUCUAGUUUUCCAUUGACACAAAGGUCUUCAGUCUGAAUGUAUAGCCAUUUAUGAUUCUGUAAUUAUUGCAAAAUAAUGUAAUAUAUUUUUUUAGAAUAAUGCAUUAACAUGUGGUCCGUGUUUUGUAUAAAUAUUAUUAAAUAUUAUUUUUUAUAAAUACCUGUAGAUAUUAUUUAUAUCUGAUCUA